CCAAGUCCCAAACGCACACGCUUCUAUUCGUUUCGGAAGCAACGCAAGUUUCAUGGAGAACGAUUUCAGAACCAGGUCGGGUCCCCAAGGUCCGAUGUACCGUCAACCGCCGUCAUCCAUGUACCCGAAGAUCGGCCCCCAAGGCGCCGCCGUCGCCGCCGGCCGUCCAUCACCAUAUCACCAGAAUUCUACUCCUUCGUCAUCUUCUUCAGGAUUGGGCAUUAGGGUUGCUAUAAAGCCAGAAUAUAGGAUCACACCGCCGCCUCAUUUAUCACCACACGUAGGUGAUAAUCCCCGGAGCAACUUCCAAUUUGAUUUUGGAUUGGAGAGAAAACUUUUGGCAGAAGCAGAGAAGGAUAACCCAAAUUGGAGCAAAUUUGUGUCAGACAAUCUUCCAACUAAAGUUUCUGAAUCAUCAUCAUCUACAAAGGUUACUGCUUCAGAUCCCGUUGUGAGCAAAUAUAUAGCCAUGGGGCUCAGCCGAGAGGCUGUUCCCAUUGCUGUUGCGAGUUAUGGUGAUAAUCCAACCAGGGUUCAGGAAUUUGUCAACGGGUACACCCUUCUGCGGGAAAUGGGAUUUUCAUCCAGCAGCGUUGCUGAAGCCUUGGUUAUGCAUGACAAUGAUACUGACAAGGCACUAGCACAUUUCCUUAAUGGCUCAUCAUGAGCAGUUGAAGUAGCUAUGUUAUUGCCAAACCAAAAAGGAAGAAGAAAUCACCUAUGUUGUUUAACUCGUUGGAAAGAACUUUUGAAUAGAUAGAUGAAAGAACUAUGGUAGUUAUGGAUUAAAUUUGGAAUGAUAACAUACGUGAAAAUUUAAGAAUAUAGAAAGCCAUACUGACAUGUCUCUUGUUUCGGAAAUCACACUAGCUUCUCAUAUGAGGUUUAUGUGUUGUUUAUACUUAGCCCCGUGUAGUUAAGUUGCCGUUUAGAUGUGUGACGGGUGAAGUAAUACAUGCAUUGUUAA